AUGGCUUCCAUUGUGAGGGCUUUCCGCUCCUUCUUCCUCAUGGCAAUGGUGGUCAUCGCAUUCAGCCUUCUUGCAACAUCUGGGGCGGCCGACAACCACCUUUUAUCUGGCGAUAAACUUAAAACCGGUGAAAAUAUUUCGGACAUAAAUUACAGCUUGAGAAUGCAACGAGACUGCAACCUCGUUCUCUACCAAAUAAACCCGGAGAAAGAUAUUUGGAAUACCCAAACCAACGACAAAGGUAUUGGAUGUGAGCUCACGUUGCAGACUGAUGGCAAUCUCGUCAUCGAAGACGAGAGCCAAAAGCUUGUAUGGGAAAGCAAAACUAAUGGAACAUCUGGAAAUUAUGUUCUUCUCCUCCAACGAGACCGCAACGUGGUGAUCUACAGCAAUCCGUUAUGGAGCUCUGACAGUAAACUUUGA